GCGCCUGCGCGGACGCCGCUGUUGAAGCUGCGGGUGCCGGCGGGCGGACGGAGACAUGGCGCCGCGGCCCGGGAUCCCCGUCCUCCUCCUCCUCCUCCUGCUCCUGCUCCGGGGCAGCGGGGCCCAGCCGCACCCGGCCUCCGCCGCCAACGUCUUCCGGCAGGCGGCCGCCGCCCUCAGGGGGAUGCUGCCGGAGCCCGUCCGGGAGACCCUGCUGCAGUACUGGCAAGUCGCGAUGGACAGCGCCAAGGUCAUGGUCAGUGGGCUGGCUGAGUUGUGCUCGGAUUUGCUGGAUGCUUUGGGGAUUAAAGGUGAGGAGCUGGGGACGGACCGGGAGACACUGCGGCGUGCCCUGAGCCUGGGCCUGGCCGGCCUGCUGCUCUACCUGGCGCUCUCGGCCGCCCUGCGGCUGCUGGGCUACCUGGUCGGGCGGCUCCUCUGGCUGGUCAAGCUGGCCCUGCUCUUCCUGGCCGCCGGCUACGUGGUGGUCACUUGCGAGGACGAGGGCCGGAGGAACGCCCUGCUGCUGGGCCUGGGUGCGGCCUACCUCCUGCUGGGCCACCUCUCCCUCCCGUUCGGCGGCGGCAGCGGGUGCUGCUCCUCGGACCGGCACGUCCUGGAGAGCAAGGUCUCUGCCCUGGAACACCAGCUGGCCGAGGUAGAAUACCGGCUUCACCAGAGCAAGCUGCGGGACUACGACUAGCAAGGGGGCGGCCCAGGCAGACGAAACCUUCACCAAACCUCACCCCCUCCCUUCCCUCCCCAACGAAGGGGGAGCCAUAAACACUGGGAAAAGCCUUCUCCCGAUAACUCUCAGGCGUCACUCCGGUUCCAGGUCACCCGUGGCGAACGUUGCUUUAACAUCCUUUAAUCGGGCCCACUUCAGGACCAUUCGCAAGAAUGCCAAAUUUCAGAUGCUGACAGCCACGGAGAGAGAACGGUGCUGAUUGGCUGGCAAGUUAGCAUCGACUUGGACGAAAUGUCGAACUCUAAGUAAACCUGUUGCCUUACGUUUACCGUCUUAUCUACCCCUCCCCAACCCCCCCCAUCCCCAAUCACUGCUGACAGAGUAGCAGUGCAAACACAACUCACAAUGAGUCCCCCCUGUUUGUCGCCUGUUGGACACCCCCCUCCCAUUGUCCCUCGUUUCUGAAACUGUUCUUUCUCAUUUUUAGACCAAUGUUUGAAAUUACUGACGAAUAAAAUGGUCCUGUCUUUGUA